CUAUGCAUUUCGCAACAUGGGCGGGGAGUGAUCACGAAGCUAACGAACCAUUAUUGAGAUUAGCACGUGCACGUAGUGGUGAUUGGUGGGAGGAAGGAGGUUUUGGAGCACUCAAUGUUGGGCAGACUGCGACCAUACCCAUCGAACGCACCUAAUGUUACAGAGAUGGUUGUUUGUGCUAUUACUAUCGUAAUGUGAGCUGUUCGCGUACAGACCUGCAGAGCGGUGGCGAGCUGGCCUUGCCACGGCAACAACGACGAUCAAUCUAAGUCACUCAGGACGUCCAAGCCGAGGAAGACGCAGAAUAGGACGAGAUGUCUCCGUGGUCGCCCUCGACGCCAUCUUCAUCACUUCCUGUAGUGGAUGCCGAUGGAUCUCACCUACUUUCUGAACCUCUCCCAUCUUACCUUGCGCAAGAUACGGGCCCACGCGGUGCCGAUCUCUCGCUCUCCGAGCUUUCGCUGUCAGACAGGCCUCUCAGUCGGGAUGGCCCUCGGUUCAGUCUUCUUGCUCCACAACCUGUGUAUACCCGGGAUUUCUCACACGAAGAGAGUGCUAUCACCGAAGACGAUGAGUUUGCCGACGGUGCAGAAGUUAGCACGGAGGACGCUGCCAAUGAAACUAUUCGGGGACCGGUGGAUACUGCAAAAACCCGUGAAGACAAACUUCAGCGCGACCUAUUCAUACUCAAGCGGCUCAACGACUCGUUUUCGGUCCUCAACAAUGCACUAAGCUCUACUAAAAGUGCUACGGAGCAAGUAGCGGAGCAACUUGCACAGACAGAUGCGCUGCUAGACAAAUAUGCGAAUAUGCUCUCCAAAUCGGAGGGAGUUACUCGACUUAUAUUUGACGAACGAUGGGAGGGCGCGGAAGCGGACGAGGAUACUAUCGCACGAGAGCGUGCAGAAGCUCUGGAACGUGCGAGGCUCGAGCGGGAACGAGCAGAAGCUUUGCGCAGGGAAGCAGAGGAACGUGCGAAACGCGAAGCAGAGGAAAGGGCCCGACAGGAGGCAGCAGCAGUAGCCGCUAUUACGAAAACAACAUCGUCCCGUGCACGGGGGACGACCACGAACGCGGGUAGCGGCGUCCGUGGAGUGAGAGGUACGAGAGCGACUGCAGCUGCUGCUAUGGCUGCGCGCAGUGGGGGUAGAGGCGGGGGUGUUCCUCGGGGAGGUAGCGUCCCUAGUUCGAGGGGAGGAAUACCCCGGCCGAGCUCAGCAGCGAGUAGAGCAUCUGGCGUACCGAGAGGUAUAUCUAAGAGAGGCUAAAGGUAUAUCAUAGGCGGCUCCGUGUACUUGGGUCCCAAAACAUUCUAGACAGACUUUUAGCCCGCCCUAACUCAAUUGACAACACCGAACGACAGCCAUGGACUUU